UAGACUUUUCGUAAGCACGGGCGACUUUGUUGCUGUAGUGAUUUUAAUGAUUUUGGAGUUAUACAACAAGGAUUGAGUUUGGAUUUGUCGUAGUAUUCUAAGAUGGCUUCUAAAACAAAAGUUAAAUUUGUCAGUAAACGAGUGAUAAAGAAACCCCAACUAAAAAAGAAAAAGAGAGUUUUAAAGCAAGCUGUGAAAGCAAAACCUAUUCUGAAAAAAAUAAAAAAGGAGAAAUCAUCCGAGGAAGAAGUAGAAGUCAAAGUUCCUGAAGUUAUUGUAGAAGUGCCUGAUAAAGUUUCUUUAAAUGAAGUUGAACAUGAACUCCUCCCAGCUGUUGCAGCCGAGGAAGUAAUCUCGAAUACAAACGAUUCUGUAAAUGGCGAAAAUGAAGAAUCACUCGAAAUAGAUGAAGGGGAAGGAAUGCUAGUGAUAGAUGAAAAACUUGAUGAAGAUCCUGAACAGGCAGAAAAUGAGCAAGAUCAUGAUGAAGUUCCUACUUCUGAGCUGAAUAAUCAAAUUACUGUUGAUGAAAAUCAUAAUGAGUCAGACAAUACUGCAAAAUUAGCAGUUGAAAACACAAUGGGUGAUACAAAUAUGAGUGUUUCAACUGUUCAACAUAUCUGCACUAUUUGCCACACGGCUACAGAAUCAGCUUCAGCUCUAACAGCUCACAUGAAGCAACACAGCAUUACUAAUAAUCAAAUUCACCAGUGCCUAAUUUGCUCAAAAAAUUUGAGCUCGGCAAGCUCUCUUGAUCGCCAUAUGUUGGUUCAUUCAGGAGAGAGGCCCUUUAAGUGUAAGCUUUGUGAUAUGUCAUUUACCACAAAUGGAAACAUGCAUCGUCAUAUGCGUACUCAUGGCGACAUUGAGACAUCAAAUGAAAAUGGUAAAUCUCUUGAUCUUAGGAAGAAGGAGACAGAAAAACCUGAAAUGGGUGAUCCUUCUGAAUCAAAAGUUGUUGACCCAAAAUUAUUAUGCCCAGUUUGUGGCAAAGCUUUCUUAUGUAAAUAUGGUCUUGAAAGUCACAUGGAAUUCCAUCCAAAUGAUCCAAUAAUGUGUCAGAAAUGUGAUAAAAUUUCUGCCAACUAUACUGCUCAUACUCAGCAUAAAUGUGGAGAAUCCUUAUCAUCUGAAGAGCAAGAGAAUGAGUCUCAGAGUGGUUUUCAAGAGUUGACCUUCAUGGAUUUUACCACUGACAAAUUUGCUUUAGUUUCUAAAUCGCAUUGUGAGCAAAAUGUUAAACGACCAGUUAGUGCCUUUCAGAUAUUUGAAUGUUCAGUUUGUAAAAAGGCCUUUCCUUGUGGAAGAGCUCUAAAGCUUCACGAGAGAGUCCACGAGUCAGAAAUUGGCACAUUUUGUGCUACCUGUGAAUGUGACUUUGCUGCAUCAAGUUUCCUUCAGUUUCAUAGGUUGAAACACAGAUCAGCUGAACAUUGCCUUGCCCAUUCAUUUCAAAACAAUAAGUUCAAUCAUGUAUCUCAGAAAGUUCUUCAUGAUGGAAAAGAAGAUUUCUUGGCUUUACUCAACUUACAAACAAAGCAGAAUCAAUUAUCACUUAUGAAGAGUUUGCAGUCAUGUAAAGUAAAAGAAGAUCCAGUUGAAAAUUAUGAUUAUUUUGUUCAUGGUAGAGUCAUGAAGAGAGAUAACAAUGGAAAUGAAGUUGAUAGCAGUAAUAACAAUAGUAACAAUGAUUUUGCUGAUAUUCAGUCAAUUAUUUCUCUUACUUCUAAAGCACCACUCAUUAAUGCUGCCCAAACAUCCCCAAUACGAGUACGUCCCGCUUCACCAGUAUCUUUUCCAGCUCAUCAGCCGAAAUCCCCUCAAAUUGCUGAAUCUGCUAAUGCAAGUCCAGAAACUCCGUCCAAAGAUGAAAUGCCUAGUGCUUCAAUAAACCACGAUGUGCCUGCCGUUGAAUUUGUUGCUAAUAAUGCUCAUGGAAUGCAUACAUGUGCAACUUGUUCUCAAAAAUUUAAAAAUUAUAAUGCUUUAAAACGUCAUAGCAAGAUGCAUGUUCAAAGAGGUUCCAGUCAUUCAUGUGAUAUUUGCUCCUAUGUUAGUGUUGACAAGAGCACUCUCAUCCGACACUUGCGAACACAUAAUGGGGAAAGGCCCUUCCAAUGUGUUAUCUGCAAGUAUGCUUUUACCACUAAAGCUAACUGUGAGCGCCAUGUCAGAAAAAGGCAUAAAAAGCUUGGCAAAGCUGAAAUCCGAAAUGCUAUGCAGUACAACCCAAACAUGUCAAAUAGAAGUGGAUCUGAUUCCUCGACUGCGGAUAUUGGCAAUUCAGAAACAGUUUGCAAAUACUGUGGAGUCGAUUUCAAGUACAACAGAGUUUUGAGACAUCAUCUGAGAUCCCUUCAUAAUAGCUGCAAUAGUAAACCAUUUAGUUGCAAAGUAUGCAAAUAUGGAUUCUCUACCAAAAAUAAUUGCAUUCGUCAUGUUCUGAAGCAACAUCCUGUUUUUAAAGACAAAUUGAGAUCUGUUGUUAUUCCAAAUAAUUUAAUGCGAUCAACAGCCAACUCGGAAACAAUGAGCAGUAGUCCAGAAAAUUCAAAUUCUUCAAAUGGAAAUCCACCUGCUGUUAUUGAGGAUAAUAAUCAACCUUUGGAUUUGCAUCUCAAUCCUGCUGAUAGAGCAUUAGAUUUACAAAUUGACAGAAGUUCUGAUUAUAAUGUAAAUGAAGCAGUUAUUGCAGCUGAGAGUUUAGUGAGUUUAUCUGAAGCUCCUCCUCUUCAAGAAGAACCUUUAAAUCUUGCUGCUCAUGCUUUGGAUUUAUCAUGCAAAUCUCAAAUUCCAGUUGCUAAAAAAUUGGAACCUAAACCUGCUAGUAUUUUUAAUUCACCACCAAGCUCUUACAAAUCUGUGGGGUAUAUUGAUCUGACAACCUCUAAAUCCUCAACUCCACAAGUGCUGGUACCUGAAAAUAACAUUCAAAUUUCACCACUACCUAUGACAAAUUGCUCAAAGAAAAUAGAAAUUUUGAAUAAAAAUGAUCAACCUACAAGUACUCCUGGGCAAAAACAAAGAUCAUUUACUUGUGUAUAUUGUUCUGCAGGUUUUACUUUGAAAUCAAAUAUGGAACGCCAUAUUAAAAGAAAGCACCCAGAAUUUGCUAGGCCUACACGUAGUAGGAAUUUCAUACCAAGUAUUGUAACCCCAAAUCUACAGAAACAGAAUUCAGCAACUCUCUCUGACAAAACCAGAGAUGCUUUGAGACAUGUAUUAAGCACAAAAGUCCAGCAAGUGCCUGUUUUCAAAAAUUUUAAUGCAGAAUCUUUCCCUAAGGUGGGUGGAACAUUUAAAAUAGUCACACCUGCCCAUGCUUUCCUGACUCCUAUCACUCAAGUUACAAAUCACAAACCUGUAUUGAAUGUUUCUCUUGAUUUAAGUGGUAAAAAUGACAAAAUGCAAAUUAUUGAUAUGAGUCAAAACAUCUUGAGACCAGCUGAAAAUGGUGAUGAAAACUGUUCUGACUUGGCUAGUGUGUCUUCUGUCAUCUGCACUGCUAAUUCUCCUCAGUUCAAACAAUACCUUGGAAAAUCGACUGAUAUUGAAAAAAUGGAAGUUAAUCAGCAAGAAGAUAAGAAUGAGAGUAUCAAAAUUAUGCCGGAAGUUGAAGUUCCAAAGAAAAAUGAAAAUGCAUCUGUAUCUUGUCCAUUCUGCGAAAGGAAAUUUCCAUGGACCAGUUCUCUUCGUAGACAUAUUCUUACGCACACUGGACAAAAGCCUUUCAAAUGUCCCAAGUGCUCCUUAUGGUUUACUACUAAGUCAAAUUGUGAACGCCAUUUAGUUCGCAAACAUGGCCAUAAAGGGGAUCUGAUCACACGCAGUGUCCCUGACCGUCCUUAUAAAUGCAAUCAUUGUCUGACAAGUACCUUUUCUACUCAAGGAAAUCUUCGUAAACAUUUUUAUUUGAAACAUUGGACAAAAAGUUAUUUAGGUAUGAACUGUAAGCCAAUCCAGAUGGAUAAGAAGAAUGGUGAAAUCAAUGCUUCAAACUUGCCUUUUGAAAAUUCCUCAUCUCCAGUCAAAGUAUCUGAGAAUAAUAAUGUUUCAUCUGUUACCACUCAAGAGCAUAGUUACAGUCAGCUGGAAAACAAACUUGCUUUUCCUUGCAAUUUUUGUGAUAGCAGGUUUGGUAGCAUAGCAGAUUUAAGUAAUCAUAUGUUUAAGCAUAACAGUGUGAUGUAUAUGUGUUAUUUGUGUCGAAAGACAUUUCCCAAUCAUGAAGAUUGUUACAAUCAUUUUAAAACUUCUCAUUCGUUAGUUUACAUGCAGAUAAAUUCAGCUGAAGAAAAUAGUUUGAAGUCGCCUGAAGAGGACAGUCUUGAAGAUAUUUCAGAAGUUGCAUCACCUGAUAAAAAUGCAACUUCAGUGGCUUGUAUGGUAUGUUUUCAAAAAAUGUCUUCUGUUGAAAAUCUCCAACAACAUUUUAAAAGACAUUUGUUGAAAGACAGGCAAACUGAAAAUCAAGAACAACUCCUUUCAAAAGAAUCUAAUCCACAAUCUACUAAAUCAUCCUUAAUCACUUCCAAGCUUUCACCUAGCCCCAUGCCAAAAAAACAACGCUUAGCUCCCAAAAAUAAUAAAAGAGGCAAUUCUUUAUUGCACAUGUUUGCAGAAACUGAAAUAUCCCAUUCCAAAACUGACAUUGUUUCUCCUGAAGAAGGGUCUGAUUUGAUCCAAAAGCUCCUUGGCAUUCAUGAUCCCAAAAAAAUAGACGAAUGCCUGUUAUCACCCGAUUCUGCUGCCCAAAUUCUUGGUGUUAAAAAAGAUUGAUUGCUGAAAAUUGUAUCGUUCACUGCAAGAUCCAUUGUUUAAAUGAAGCAGUCAUCAUCUGUUGCUACAGGCAUGAGCAUCGUCUUUUGAUGAACUCCUGUAUAUAAUGUUAGGCUUUCAGAAAUUCCAGUCAUAAGAAUUCUGUUUUUAUUGAAAUGGAUAUUUCAAAUAUCUGAUUACUUCAGUUGUUCCUGUUUUCUACAAACAAUUCAAUGUAGUGUAGUUUUGCACUGUGCCUUUUACAUGAGUAAUUUCAAAAUGAAGAUUGAAAAGAUUUAGAGAAUAACUUUUUGUCCAUUGUUGAUUAAUUUCAAUCUAUUGCCUUUAAUACUAUCUUAAAAAUUUAGACUUCAUGUUAACAGAAGUUUGAUCUUGAAUAUCAUGACAAUCAAAUAAAACUGUUUUUAUUGAUUUGACCCAAAAAGUUCAAAGUUUUAAAAUGAUGUAUUACUUCAGUUAUCAUUUUUUCCGCCUUUAAAAUGACAAUUUAUUUCCAAAGUGGUAUCUAAUAACAGAGGAAUUUUUGUAUAAUGUGUUGUUGUAAUAUGCAUUUCAAUUAUUGGGGGUUUUUUUCGGAUUUUUUUUAAUUUAUGAAUUAUUUUGUAAUUCUAGGGAAAAUGUGAAGUCUUAAAAAAAAAGAAUAUAGGGUAAUAGCUGGUUUCUAACCAAUGAAUUCUUAAUCAUCCAUCGAUUUUUAACUACCAUUUAUUUAUUAGAGAUACAAAUAAAGCUACUAAUUAAUGAUUAUGAAUGAUUUAUGAAGCCCGUUAUUAGCAAUAUGAUUUAUUUACAUUUCCUUUGAAAUUAAAUGUGUGGUCAAUAUACUUAUUUUAGAGCAUUAAAAUAUUUGAUAUUUUUGAAACUUAAUCAUAAAAAAAGGUUAUCUGAAAAUAGGAUAAAUUUUAACACUUUGCAAAUACAAAUCAAUAAUGUUAUCUUUGAAUUGUUAAUAUAUUGAUACAAAUGAACUCGCAGAUGGAAAAAUAUUGAUAAAUAUGACAUUUGCCAUGAUAUUCAUGAUUUCUGUGGCAUGCAUAUUAGAAAUAUUCAAAUUGUUACCGUUUCUAUAUAGUGCACUUAUCAAACAUUUUGAUGCUGUCAGAAUAUUUAUUAGAAAAAUUGUUAAAUAUAUUCA